GGUUUUGGAACAACAUGAGGCCGAGUAAAUGAUAUCGGUUUCAUUUUUGGUUUAACUAUCCCUUAUCAUAACUUUAGGUUUAGAAAGAAAAUGUCUGAUUCUAGUAAAAAUACCAAUGUUGCAUAACCCGCUGCCUGGACAUUUUAUCUGGGAAAGGAAUGUCAGCAAAACAAGCCACAACAAACUAAAACAACUUUCGGUUUGCAUUUAUAAAGAACACAAUUCUACUUGUGCAUUUAGAUGAACAAAAGCUUUUAUAUCCACAGAAUCAGGGCUGUGUGAUACUGUAAAAUGGGGAUCUUUAUUUUGCUCUUAGUGUGCGUGUUAAAGAGUGGUGUUCCUGUUGUUGGUAAACAUGUAGUGACAGUGAGCCAGCGCGAUUCAGUCACUCUAUACACUGGUGUUACAACAGACCAACAAGACAUUAAAUGGUAUUUUAAAAACGCGGUCAUUGCUGAAAUCACUGGAGAUCAGAGUCAGAUCUGUACAGAUGAUCAGUGUAAACAGAGAUUCAGAGACAGACUGAAGCUGGAUCACCAGACUGGAUCUCUGAACAUCACAGACAUUGGAAAAACAGACUCUGGAGAAUAUCAUUUACAGUUUAACAGCAGCAGCGACAGUGAAAAGAUCUUCAAGGUUAUUGUCCAGGGUUUUUCUGUUGCACAACAAAAGAACAUCAUGGAGGGAAGAUCUAUCAUUUUAGACGCUGGUGUAAUUUUACAAAAUGAAACCGUAACAUGGUAUUAUAAUGACAUUCUCAUCGCUCUUGUCACUGGAGAUCUCAGUGAUAUCUGUACAGAUGUUGAGUGUAAUGUUAGUAAUGAUAUAUUCAGAGACAGACUGGAGCUAGAUUUUUGGGGUUCAUGGUCUCUGAUCAUCAAAGACGCGAGUUCCACAGACUCUGGGCUUUAUACAGUAAAGAUCAACAAGAGCAAGAGUUUCAGCAUCACAAGGAGCGUCACUGUGACCAUUAAUGUUCCAAGUCUGAUACUUGCCGUCUACGCAACUGCUUUUCUGAUGGUGGGCGUUUGUUCCUGUUGCAUUGACCUUCUAUGUCCGAAUGGUGUCAGAAUGCAGCGCAAUGAUCAAGUGAAAUCCCAUCUGCACUGAAUCUGCCAGAUCUAUGACAUCUGUGGAGUCAAGCGAUUCAGCUUCUGUAGGUUACCUGUGAUGAAUCAAAUCAAAAAUGUGGUUGUCGCCUGAGGAUUUUCCAACAAUUUUUUUGUGUGUGUAUCAAUGUUAUUUUUUUCUCUUUCAUUUCCUGUUUUGAUGUUUGCUUAAUUAUUUUAUGUCUUCCCUUAAUAAAUAAAUAUUUAAUUUUGGGUUCAUUUAA